CAUUUAUCCCUCAUACAUAGAUUCCGCAAUUGUUGUAUAAUAGUUGUGAACUACUCCGUAUAUACACUUACUUGUACACCCCAUUGAGUCAGUGUCUACCAAUAUGCAUUUCCCAUCUGCCAUUAUCGGCACUCUUUCUUUCAUGUCUGUGGUCGCUGCUACCACUAUGCACAACUCGGCCACUGAGCCGAUCGAGAUGGUUGGUCAAGGCAAGCUUCAGCAGUCUAAAGUCAAGCGAUCUCACAUUGAAGGUGGUAAACAUAUCAAUCAUAGGAAGAAUUCUCACAAGAGGCGCCGUAAGAUUCAUAGACUGAACAAGCGCAACGGUGCUCAUCGCUCCUGUACCAAGACAGCUACUACCGCCACUAUUGGAGCAUCAAUUAAUAAUUUUGAUCGAAGCGAGGUGACACCAACUACUCUCAAAAAGAAGUCCACCACAACUCCCAAGAGCCCUACUCCAGCUUCCAAGAAGCCUGUCCCAACUUUCAAGAGUUCGGUUUCGGCUCACAAAAAGUCUGCUCCAACUCCCAAAAGUCCCGCACCAGCUCCUAGAAAGCAGCCAUCUCCAGUUCCCAAGAGACCCACACCAACCCCCAAGCCAGCUCCUCCCCCAGGCCCAAAACCCCGUAAAGGAGGAAACACCGGUAUUGGUGCUGUCGAAAAAAGCUGUCUUGACGCCCACAAUUACUACCGUGCCAUGGUUGGUGUCCCUCCAUUGAGUUGGUCUACCACUCUCCAAAACAUUGCUCAGCGUUAUGCUCAAGAACUCAUGGGAAACCCUCUUAAACACUCCAGUUUGCGUACCUAUGGUGAGAAUCUCGAUCGCAUGACUGGUGCAACACUUACUUGUGAGCAUGCUAUGGAGACAUUCUUUAACGAGUACCAACACUACUCUGGCGAGCGUAUCUUUGUCAACGCCCAGUUUGAAAAGUAUGGUCAUUACACUCAGCUCAUCUGGCCCAGCACUAACUCUGUAGGUUGUGGCAUGGCAAACGAUGGUCAUGAAUGGAAUUUUGUCUGUGAGUACUAUCCCCCCGGAAACUAUGUUGGUCAAACUGCUCCAACUUACCGUCCUUAAACUUGGCGGUUUCUGCGACUUGGGAUUCCAUUGUUUGAUAGCGCAAUGCCUUUUAACUUUGAACUCUUCUAAACCAUUACCACUUUCCAUCUGAUGCCAUUUGUUUUUUAUUUCUUGGGAAAUACAAACCUGUUACAAUAUCU